AAAGUCUAGCUAGCUAGGGUUCGUAGCUUCGCACGUGUCCAGCGAGGGUGACUUUGGAGCACUCGGGACUUGUCCACGUGCACCAGUCGUGGAAUUGUACGAGCUGGGGAAAGAUAUCCAUGUGCAGGUCGCGACUGAGGUGAAACCGCUCCUUUCUGUCGGUUUGACUUCGAGAUGGAUUCGCUCGUUUUGACGUGGUAUGCUGGCAAUGCAUAUUCUGCGGGCAACCACUCAGUCUCGACUCGCCGUGUGCGUAUAACUAGGACACCUUCGAGUCAAGCCGGCCGUCGCGGUGCGGCGUACUUCAGAUGCCAAACGCGAGUAUCGUGGAUGUCCUCAAGUCAACCAGAGCGCCCCUUUGCAGCAAACUUCCGAUACCUACAUGCUCACGUUCACUCAAGCGCAUCGCUUAAAUGGGCUACGACUUCUGCUUCGCUGCUCUCCACACACGAAACUUGCCCAACAUGCAAAUGUUCGUUUCAGAGCCGAAGUUCUUGUCGUCACAUUUUUUUACUGAGGUCGAUGACGAGUACGGGUGGCGGUGAUGCGGGCGAAGAUUUUCGACGUGGUCUUCUGAAAAAAACGAUCAAAGAGUGCGAAGAAGAUGAGUGUAAAACGGACUUAAUUGUCUCCAGUUCAAGUGAGUAUGAUGAGGAGGAAGGCGAUGAGCAAAAAGAUGAGAGGUUGCAGAAGGUUGGAUUACACACGAGUUUAUUCAACUGGCUUGUUCACAGAAUGCCGGGCCAGGCACGACAAAAGCUUCCCGGCAUCGUCUUCAACGAGACUGAUAAUCGGAGCUGUUGGGCGCUCGUGAGUUCCUCAAUCUCUCCCUCAAUUCUAAGUCUUGUCCCACUUGUUCAACUUGCGUUUUGCGGAUUCCUCUGGACAUCAUCUACAUGUAUGGUGUUCUCCCUGCUACCAGUUUUCCUGAAGACUGAACUCGGAUAUUCAAACACGCGAAUCGGUGCAAUUGAAGGGGCAGCACUGCUUAUGUCAAACCUAUCGCGAAUUAUAUCUGGUGUGAUGAGUGAUGUUAUAAAGUCACGUGUUAAGGUAAUAGCCCUUGGUUCCGCUAUGACAGCGGCAAUGAAACUAGUUCUUGCAUCUGCUGUCACUUCGCAGUGGGUGGUUUCUGCAAAGCUGCUCGACAGAUUUGGAAAGGGUGUAAGAGCGGCACCUACUGAUGCACUCAUAGCAGACCUCUCUCCCCGGCAGAAACGCAGCACCACAUAUAGCUUACACCAGUCGCUCACCACCCUUGGUGGUGUAUUUGGAUCGAUGUGUGCCGUCAUAUGCAUGACAAUCACGCAAAAUAACUAUCGUUUGACUUUUAGACUCGCUGCACUGCCGUCCCUGUUUGCAAUUUUCAUGUUGCUCUAUUUUGUGCGCAAACCGGUUCGUUUGCAGUCAAAACACUACGGUAUGCCCAAAUAUCCGGAACGUCACGCGCCCUCGAAACGGCGGCAUGGUCGCGGUCCACUUGCUAUGAUGUAUGAGCCAGUGCGCUGGCGUCGAUCCCGUUGCAAAGAUUCAGGCAGAGAUAUGGCCUGGCAUCGAGGGAAACGCACAUGGCGGCUCGUGAGUGAAUGGCUUACAGAGCACCUCGAAGAUAUGAAAAAUCGUGCACAAGAGGUCAAGGAGAAGCGUCCUGGCGAGUUAUCAUUCCCACAGCUUAGCCGCUAUCAUGGGGAAUCUGAGGAGAUGUGGCAAAUCCGACAGCGCGAGUGGGAAGCAGAAUACUUAUCAACUGAAGAGGAACGAACUUUCCGACAUCGACAAAGUCUGGGAACGAAAACAAAUCCUGAUACUUAUGCGCAUGGAAGUUUUGUCCGAAGCUCUGUGCCUAGGAUGGAUGUUGUGGAGAUUCAUGAUUCUAACUUCACUGCCCAUAGUUUAAUCAAACACAGUUCAGACAAGAGAAGUGCUCCAACAGUUGCUGGUCCUCUUCAGUCAUCUGGUGCUUCUAUGUUUUCAGUGAAAAGGUAUAGAGGAAACAUGCGUAAUUUGGAUGGCGCCCGAGUGCAGCUGAAUAGCAGAACGGAUGUCUGUAUUGGUCCUAACGUAGCAAGAAACUCAAAUAACUUGCAGUCAAAUCCUUUCAGUUCUACUGAUUGGUCUACAUCUUCUCUGGAUUUCGAGCACACAGAAGAGCAGAAAGUUGUGUGGGGAUCGUGGCGCUGGUCGUAUCGCGAGGCUGUCAAUCUCCCGUGGCCGUAUUGGAGAGCACUGCUUGUUUUUACCGUUCUAAAGGUUGCUCGUUUUAGUGAGGCAUUUGUCACCCUUCACGCGAAUGCAGUAGGGCUUAAGGCCGCAUAUCUUCCUAUGCUUAUGGUCGCGACAAACCUUAUACAGUCGUUGCUUACAUACCCAUUGGGCGUUGUAGCAGACCGAGUGGAUCAGAAUGGAGUUUAUGGAAACGGUCGAAAGUUCAUGCUUUUGGGCGGGUUCGGAAUGAUGAUCGUGGCAGAUUUUGUCUUGGUGCUGGCAAAAACGCCCUGGCAGGUUUUCGUAGGAUACUUAGCUGUUGGAGUGCACAUGGCCAUGACUCAAGCGAACAUGAAAGCCGUAUUGUCAGCCACGAUGCCUCCCAACGUGCGUGGUACUGGAUUCGCCAUCUCAGCUUUAUCACAGGGGAUUGCUCUUGGUGCUGGGAACUACAUGGCUGGUCGACUUUGUGAUCUUUUUGGUUCCUCUGGCGCCUUUUGGGGGGGAGGCGCGUUCGCCACCGCAGCGCUGGGACUCGGUUGGUUACUUUUAUAAGGUUUUUGUUGAACGUGUAACUCACACUUUCUGCUGGUUGAAAGCGAGGAAAGGUCAAGUAAGGAAGAGACUAUUUGUACUUCUAUGUAGCUGACUUAAAUAUCAAAAAUAUGAGUUGCUC